CACGACCACUCUUAUUUCCAUUCUCUGCUUGAACCAACAGUUGCUGGCAGUUUGGUCUUCGAUCAUGUGAAAGGCUGGUAUACACAUCAGAAUGAAUUCAAUAUUCUCUUCCUGUGCUUUGAAGAAAUGAUGCAGGAUCUUAGAGGCACAGUACUUAAAAUAUGCAAAUUUAUUGGAAAAGAGCUGAGCAGCCAGGAAGUGGACAAAGUUGUGGAGAUGUCUACAUUCAAGAACAUGAAAUCUGAUCCUAGGGCAAAUAGUAUGAAAACAUAUGAAGAGUGUUUUGGACUAAAAAACAUAACGCAUUUACGGAAAGGAACUGUUGGAGACUGGAAGAAUAUCAUGACAGUAUCGCAAAGCGAAAGGUUUGACAAAAUUUUCCAAGCACAAAUGAAGGAUAUAGGUCUCAAAUUCAUUUGGGAUUUAAAAGAAAUACAAUCUACUCAGCAUGGGAAGCUGCAGGAACCUCUCCAGGAGAACAAAGAGCAGAAAUGUUCAACACAAAUGUAAUAUGUAUGUGCGAUUUAAGCCACUUCAAUACACCUAUGUAUUUUCUGUAUGUACUUAUGUGUAUUGUGUGCAUAACUGCUUUCUGCUCAAAGUUGUUUCCUGCUUAGGGAGCAACCUUAAAAAAAACCCAUCUUUUUCAAAAUCUUGAAAACAUCCUAUAAUUUAUCACCACCAAUGUGUCAAGAUAUACCAGAAUGAUUAAAUGAUAUAAACAAAUGCUUUGGGAAGUGGGAGAAAUGUCUUUUGUAAUGAGUAGAGAACAAAGAUCUGCUAAUCUAUUUUUUGGGGGGGUCAACAUAAUGGUAGCUUCAAUAAUGGAAAAACGCUUUUGGAACAGGAUCUUGAAUAUAUGAAUUUUGUAUUGGUUGAUUUUAUAAAAAAGAUGAUGUUAGGGAAAAAAUACUUACAAAUUUAGUUACUUACAUGCUACAUCCAACAAAUUAAAUAAUACUUACUGAUGUAGAUCAUGAUGUAGAGGCCAAGUCAGAGGGUACAGCUGAUCAAUUUCUUUAUAUCUCUAGUUUAAUAAUAAGUU